GCAAAAGUGGGGUCGGGAGGUGAAAAGAAAACAUUUCGAGGACUUCAACGGAAAUUCAAGCAAUAGCGGGGACCACAAAACAAACAAACUUUCCCGUUUCCCGCCGGCAUUGUCCGAUCAACAAGCCAGCAUAGUUAGUAAUUCCGAAACCGAAAAUCAGAACAAUUAAAACCUGUUUGGAUGGACUUAAACUUUUGUUAUCUUUACCCGAAUUAAAAGUAUUAAAAGCACCUACAAUAAGCCAAUCCAAACAGGGUCUUACAAAAUUCUGAAGAUGGAAGACAAUCAAUUGACAGUGUUCAUGGAAUCAGGCAUUUUUCAGCUUAACUCAAACGCCUUCUUCAUCGACCCGGUUCGAAUACUGAACCGUUCUUACACCCGGUUUAGGGUUUCACCUUCUACAUACUACUCUCGGUUCUUCGAUUCCUCGAACUCAACAGAAUCUAUAAAAGCUUCGGAAGAUUCUAGAAAACGAAAACGUAAACAGAAGAAAAAGCCUCAGUCUCUCAAUGAACGCGAACAAAUCGCCGAUCAACGUCAUCAGGAGGUGAAGCCGUUGUUGUUGAAAGCGCACGAAGCUUUGCUUGAAGCUACUGAUCUUUUGAAAGAUUUGAGAAAUUUGAGGAAUGAUGGAUGUGCUGCGGGGGGAUGUAAGGAGUUGUCGCAGGAAAGUAGUGAGCUAUCCUUUCUGGAGCUCGGAAGUGUUUGGCAAGCUCCGUUGUAUGAGAUUGUUCUCAAUUGCCAUCAAGAUGAUAAAACUUCCCAAGAUGGAGGUUCAACACUUGUUCGGAGUAUUGAGCAAAGAGUCACUCCUGCAUUUAAUAAUCUAAUUGCCAAUGAGGAAAGCUGUGAUAUAGAGGCUGAGCUUUUCAAUCACAAGUAUAUAAUUCCCAAAAGGAGCUGUUUCUAUAUGUCUGAUUUGAGGCAGAUUGACAAUUUAAUCCCAGCUGAUUCUGAUUGUGGCUUCAAUCUCAUAGUUCUAGACCCCCCUUGGGAAAAUGGCAGCGCUCAUCAGAAACUGAGGUACCCAACUUUGCCUAAUCGAUACUUCUUAUCUCUCCCUGUCAAGCAACUUUGUCAUACCUCUGGAGCACUUGUUGCAUUGUGGGUUACCAACAGGGAGAAGUUGCGAGGUUUUGUGCAGAAUCAGUUAUUUCCCAAAUGGGGAGUAAAAUAUGCAGCUAGCUUUUACUGGUUGAAGGUUAAGGCUAAUGGGAUGAUGACUGGUGAAUUGGACCUCUUUCAUCACCGACCAUAUGAAUGUCUUCUCCUAGGUUACUGUAAUGGAAAGGAUACGCAUUCUGGUAAUUUAACAAAAUUGAAUCCCAUACCGGAUAAUCGAGUGUUCAUUAGUGUUCCCAGUGAUUAUUCAAGGAAACCACCCAUUGGAGAGCUGCUGCUAGAUUAUUUGCCGGGGUCUAGGCCUGCUCGCUGCAUUGAACUGUUCGCUAGAGAAAUGAUAACUGGCUGGACUUCUUGGGGGAAUGAACCUCUUCAUUUUCAGGAUUUGAGAUAUUUUGUUAGUAAGACAACUGAAAAAUAACGGAUUCUGGUAGAAACACCUCUUACUGGGAAGUUUCAGUCCAACGACAUGGCAUCCUGACGAUUUCUCUUUGGUCAUGAACCAUGCCAUGGACCAACGCAUUCAGGGGGUUCUGCCAUUGUGAUUGCUCGCAGGCAGAGAGUUAUAGACUUUGAUGAAGUUCCUGGGUGUCUUGCAAUAUCAUCUGACCUUGAGGUCUGGUUGCAACAACUAUGAUAAAACACUAGGAAAGGGGGAUGACAUGCAUUAUGUGUUCAUAACGAAUGGCUGUCUGCCAUAAAAGUCCAACUCAUGCUCUCUAUGGAGUACAUAUAUUCAAGUCGACAACUUUGGGGCCUUACGACAAAGUUUAUAUAUCAUAUUCAAUUCAAUGUGAUUGUUAAUGACUUGAACCAUCUGCUGGGAAGGCUUUGUCUCACUAUUUCUUAGCCAGCCAACAACAUUCACCACAGUAUUUUGCACUAGCAACUCAAAUUCUCUGUGAAAGCAAUAUUUUGAAGCUUUGCAUUUUACAGAUACCUCUGUUCAGUGCUGAACUAAUUUCCUCGAACGCUCUCUUUUGAAACUAAACGUCAGUUGUGUAUAAACAUCUAUCCUUCAUUGGAGGUUGCCAGGGCAAUGAACAGGACAAAGAUACUUAUUUCCA